UGUCAUAUAUGAAAAAUAUAACCUUACUUUUAAACGAAGUACUGAACGAACAUCAAAAUGUUUAGGACUUUGAUAAGUAAAAUAAGUACAAUUCAAUCACAUGGCUUUCACACGACAACGUGUUUACAUGAAGUACAAUUACUGACCCGCCUCAGAGUAGUGGAUAAUUCUGAAAUAGGCAAGCGGGCUAUGGCAGAAGGCAAACCACCCAAAGUUAUUUGUGUCUACAACAAAAAACGUGUGGGCUAUAUUGGAGAUAGAGUAAUGGUAGCUAUUAAAGGUCAAAAAAAGAAAGGAAUUCUAGUAGGUUUAAAACAAACCCAAAAAGUAAAAGUGCCAAAGUUUGAUAGCAACAACAUUGUCCUAAUUGAUGACAACGGCACUCCUCUCGGCACUCGUAUCCAUGUCCCCAUUCCUACGAUCCUGCGCACUAUACUCAAAGAGAGGACCCACGCUAAAGGAGCUGACUACACCAAACUAUUAGGUAUUGCAACCAGAUUUGUGUAGAUAGACUUAGUAGUGUAAUGAUUGAAUAAAGUUAUUUAGUAUUUA